CUGAGUCAAUCUCGCGAGAUUUGGGGGCCGGACUGAGCGCCACGUCGGUUAGACAGGAAAGGAGACAGAGAGCAUCAGAUGACUUGCAGCCUGCAAGCAGAUAAAAAUACAGAAAUAUAAAGUUGUCCAGGGCGCUAACACGCUCCACAGCCGGUGAGAUGAGGGCCCUUGUUGUUUCUGUGCUGCUGCUGAUGUUCGGUUUGACAGCGUGGUCAUGUGAACAUGGACACCAUCACGGCCAUCACCACGGGCACCAUCACCACGGCCAUCACCAUGGGCACCAUCACCACGGGCACCAUCAUGACCAUCACCAGGAGGACCAACACGGUGAUGUGAAGAUGUUUCACGGCGCGAGUAAAUGGAGCGCCGAAGCAAAUCUGCCUGCUGAGGAGGAGGAGCUUCACCAUGGGCACGCCCAUUACGAGUUGCAUCAUGAACAUGACUAUGCAGCUGAUGAUGGAGAUGGCCAUGCCCAUGCCCACGAUCACGGACAUGCCCACGAUCACGGACACGCCCACGAUCACGGACGCCACGAUCACGGACACGCUCACGAUCACGGACAUGCUCACGAUCACGCCCACGAUCACGGACACGCCCACGAUCACGGACACGCUCACGAUCACGGACACGCUCACGAUCACGGACAUGCCCACGAUCACACCCACGAUCACGGACACGCCCACGAUCAUGGACAUGCUCACGGACACGGCCACGCCUACAGUCCUGGCAUGCACGAGUUUCAGGCUGGGAGUCGGGACACUGUAGAGUUAUGGAUGCAGGCGGUGGGAGCGACGUUGCUGAUCAGCGCCGCACCCUUCCUCAUCCUCUUCCUCAUCCCGGUGCAGUCAAACUCGGAUCAGCACCAGAACCUGCUGAAGAUUCUGCUGAGCUUUGCUUCAGGGGGGCUGCUUGGGGACGCAUUCCUGCACCUCAUCCCUCACGCACUGGCUCCUCAUUCUCACCAUGGCAACGAGGACCAAUCAGACAACGCCGAGGAGUCACACGGUCAUUCUCACGGUGUAGCACAUGAUCACAUGAUGUCAGUGGGUCUGUGGGUUCUCGGAGGCAUCAUGGCGUUCCUGGUGGUGGAGAAGUUUGUGCGUUUGCUGAAAGGAGGACAUUCCCACUCUCACUCCCACGCUGCUCCCAAAUGCAAGGACAGCGAUGGGGAGGAGGAGAAGGAGGAGAAGAAGAAGAAGGAAGGAGUGAAGAAAGACCAAAAAAAGGACAAGGAGGUGAAGAAAGCGAAAGAGGACAGCUCGGAUAUUAAAGUAUCAGGGUAUCUGAACCUGGCUGCUGAUUUCACCCACAACUUCACCGACGGUCUGGCCAUCGGCGCCUCUUUCCUGGUGGGUCCCGCCGUCGGCGUGGUAACCACCAUCACCAUCCUCCUGCACGAGGUGCCACAUGAGAUCGGGGACUUCGCCAUCCUCGUCCAAUCAGGAUGCACCAAGAAGAAGGCCAUGUGCCUCCAGCUCCUCACGGCCAUCGGAGCACUAGCCGGCACCGCCUGCUCCCUAUUGGCCGAGGGAGUGGGUGCGGCCGCCACCGCCUGGAUCCUUCCCUUCACAGCUGGCGGCUUCGUCUACAUCGCCACGGUGACGGUGCUGCCGGAGCUGCUGAGCGGGCGUGCGAGUUUGGGUCAGUCGGUGCUGGAGGUCGUAGCCAUGCUGUUCGGCGUGGGGAUGAUGGUGAUCAUCGCCGAGUACGAGUGAGACGCCGAGAGAGAGACAGACGCAGGUCUUCAGAGACUCAGGGGACGAUAAACAGAAAACGAGACGUGUAAAUGUGUGAUUGUGAUUAACAGACGAGUGUGUGUGAGGGGGGUAAGAGUGUGUGUUGGGGGGUGGUGGUGGUGUAAGAGUUUGUAACUGAGUGUACGAUUGAGUGAGGAAGCGAUUGAGAGUCUGGGGCCUUUGUAAUAGAAGUGCACUAAAAAGAAAAAAAAAUCCAAAGUCCAUUUGACGUCACGUGCUGACCGGAUCCAUACCACUGCACAUCUUAACUUCCUUCUGAACAAGAGGCCCAUUUCCUGUCAGCUCAGAUCACACACACACACACAUUUACACUUCCUUAUUUUCUUUUUAUUAAUACCUAACCAAUGCACAAUUACAGUUGAAAGAAUUGAAAGUAAUGAUUUUUGUUUGUUUUUGACACGGCGUGAUUCUGUGCUGCUCUCUGGAAGGUGGAACGUCUCGCUGGCUCGUAUCAAACCUGCAUCUCCAUAUUCGUGCCCUAGAUAGGGGUAAAAUGCGCACUGCCAAUUCUGUAGAAGUGUACUGCACUUUUUCCUUGUUUUUGUUCCUCCCAAAAGCAGGUCUUUUUUUAUUUUGUUUCUGGAGUUUUAAUAUUUUUUUUUUACCUUGGAUAUGAUAGCUACAAAACCCCAGAAAGCAGGUUUUAGUUGUUUAGUUAGAAUCCUGUACGUAAGCUAGUUUUCAGUUACGCAGGAAACGAGCGAGUGUAUGAGCGUCGUGCUGUAGCGCUUCUCCUGAUUUUCCACGUCAUUGACUCCCACUGUAGCAAAAAGACGAGGAAAGAAUAUCAACCUACCAAACCGAAUAGCAGGCGGCCCGAUCCCGAACGAGCAAAGGGGUUUCACGCUAGAAGAAAUUUCUUCUCCGACCUGCUGUGACGGUGACGUCUCGUGUAAAAAAGCAGCGUGUCUUUUGCCAUUGAUUUUAUAAUGUUUUAAAGCCGAGUUUUAGGAAACGGGAUGAGGGUGAGACCCAGUGCUAAUUCCUCCAUCUUGGAUUUUCUGAAGAGGUCACGCCAUAACACGUCGAUCUGUGCUGUUGCUCUGACAUGUGUAGCCUCUCAUCACGUGGUAAAUUAGCGUAUCAGAGCCAUCUAGCUCACUAAUAUGGAUAUUGGUCACAUCCUCCAUUGCGAGGUUUUCUGGAAAGUUUGGUACGAGCCAGUAGAUGCAGUACGGCCUAGCGCACAUGUAAUAGUGACGAUGUAGCAUCAGGGUUUAGCGUGACCAUGACUUGAGAAUUACACUUAUGUUUUUUCCCCAAUUUUGAGAGCUAGACUGCUUCAGAGACACAGUAAUCUCUUGGCGUUUUCUUCUUCAUUUUAGCCAUUUUGAUGUUACUUGCUCUGUUUGUUAAAGUUCUUUGCAGUUACUGAACUCUGUUGUUUUUUGGCGUCUGUACCGAGAAUCAGUUCUAAAAUGUUUAACGUCCAACACGCACUACAUGGUUAUCGGGGAGACUUAAAUAUUGGCACCCUACCGCACCGUUUCAGGGCGUAUUAUCGCGCUGUCAUGUCGAUUCGUGUCUAAGCCAUUAUCUCGGUCCAUGAAACUGUCACAAAUACUGUAUUCCAUUACACUACCUUAGCGAACUGACCUUUAGCUAACUGAGCUAGCAUGUUCCAUAUGCUACCAGUCACGUCACGAAACGUUGGCUAGCUUACUGACGACGUCUCCUAGAUAAUAUAGUGGUGCCUUUUUAUAACUGUUGCAAUAGAAAUGUUAGACCUGAUGAUCGCCUCAAUGCCUACAUGCAGUCUAGUGUCUGAUUUCUUUUUCUACUUUGCUCGUUUUUCGUUGUGUCUAACUGUAGUUUCAUUCUGUCACAAAUGUCUCCAAAUCAUUCCCUCCAUGUUUAUUUUUUUAUUGCUCUAUAAAGUGGAUGAAGAUCA